UGGUUUUGUUGCGAAUCAGCUGACAUGCAACCGUAGUAAAUGUUAACAUAAUGUGAUGAAAUCGGUUCAGCAAAAUCGUGUCUUAUGGUGGUGGGCUGAAAAAAGGGAAACAGUAUAGCAAGUUGAAAAGCCGCCAUGAAGAAAAACAAAUGACUAUUUCGACAGCACAACCAAGCCGUCAAGGGAUUUUAAAUGGUUGAGGGUAACUGAGGAAACUGGGCACUCGAUCUGACACCGAGGCUGAAGGCUCAGGUCACGAGAGGCGCCCUGUUCUUGUACCCUUGAGCAAGCAUUCAACGAGCCUUGGGAGGAUUUCAUGAAGUGAUCGUGGUCAGAACAUUCAGUUCUCAUUUGACUCUGUGCGAUGGAUCCCUUGGGUGCCCGCUCACAGUUCGUGGAUGUCCAGACGCUGCACCGGUGGGACCAAUCACAGGAUCAGGAUGGGGCUGAGGUGGAUGGGCCACCUAGUGGCAAAACACGCACCCACAAAGGCAGCUUCGCCAACUGGCAAGGGGUCUUUUCAUCACCCUUUCCUUUUCGUGAAGACAUCAACAGGAAGAUCAUUCUGUUCAAUGGCGAUAUGGCCCUGAUGAACUGCACAGCCAUCGUCAACACGAGUAACGAGACUUUGUCGGACAAGAACCCCGUGUCGGACAGCAUCCACAGGCAUGCAGGGCCAGAGCUGAGGGAGGAGCUGCUUAAGCUGAAGGGUUGCCGCACUGGUGAGGCCAAGAUGACAAAAGGCUUCAACUUAGCAGCGAGAUUUAUCAUCCACACCGUGGGGCCAAAGUAUAAAGCCAAGUACAGGACAGCAGCUGAGAGCUCCCUGUAUGGCUGUUACAGGAACGUCCUGCAGCUCACCAAGGAGCAGUGCAUGGAAUCGGUGGCCCUGUGUAUCAUUAGCACGGCGAAGAGGGCAUACCCGCUGGAGGAUGCCACGCACAUCGCCCUCAGGACAGUCCGUAGGUUUCUGGAGAACCAUGGAGAAUACCUGGAGACGGUGGUGUUUGUGGUGACGCCAGUCGAGGAGCCAGUGUACAGGAAGCUGCUGCCACUUUACUUCCCGCGCUCAGAAGCAGAGGAACAGUCCAGCCUGCCCCUCAUCCCAGCAGACAUUGGGAAUGCAGAGGGAGAACCUGUGGUUCCGGAGAGGAGGAUCCGCAUCUCCGAGAAGCCAGGCAGCUUGGAAGAUGACUCUGAGUCCUUGGACCCCAUGUUGGGGUCGGUGGGCAGCCACUCCUUUGCCCGCAUGGAGGGUGACGUUGACAAACACCGGCGCCUCAUCCUGCAGGGACACAUGUCUGAGGCUGCACUCCAGAAGCAGCAUCAGAGGAAUUAUAAUCGCUGGCUGGGCAGGGCCCGAGCUGAGGACCUGUCUGACAUUGCUGCACUCAAAGCGCUGUACCAGACUGGGGUGGACCUGUGUGGGCGCACUGUCAUGGUUGUGGUGGGCAGGAACAUUCCCGUGACACUGAUAGACAUGGAGAAGGCCCUGCUCUACUUCAUCCAUGUCAUGGACCACAUCGCAGCCAAGGACUACGUGAUGGUGUACUUUCAUACACUCACUGCCGAGCACAACCACCCAGACUCUGACUUCCUCAAGCAACUCUGUGACAUCGUGGACAUCAAGUUCAAACGAAACCUGAAGGCCUUCUACUUUGUGCACCCCACAUUCCGCUCCAAGGUGUCCAACUGGUUCUUCACUACCUUCAGCGUACCAGGUCUGAAGGAGAAGCUCCACCACAUUGAGAACCUGCAGCAGCUCUUCACCUGCAUCCUGCCUGAGCAAAUUGACAUCCCACCCUUCGUCCUGGAGUAUGAUGCUCAGAUGAAUGGGCCGUACCGAGCCUCCGAAGCCUCUGGACUGUGAGCUGCACUUCUCUGCUCUCAUACCUGCUGUGAAGGACCUGGGGAGCAUUUCUGCCAGAUGCUAUGUGUACCUCAUGAUGGAAACCCAGCCCCCGGGUGUGGCUUGACUCUCAGUACUGGUGCAUCAGAGCUGCAGACCCCCGCUUUGUGCCAAAGUCCCUUUUGCCCCGAUGUCUCUCGGAAUCUUCUUAUUGGUCAUUGUUCCAGAUAAUCUUUGCAAAAAGAGAUGAAAUGUGACACCAAUGUUUUUUUUGUCCCUGAAUAUACUUAUCCAUUCUAAACUGUUGGCACUGUGUGUCUUGGAUUAGCUGAUCUUCUCUUGUUCUCCAAUUGUUACCUGAUGUCAUUGAGGAGGAGGGUCAGUGCUGUGGACCUGUCGCUCAAAGCUCAUUUCACUACAUUUUGGGUAUGCUGUAUUGCAGCUUUGGACCGGAUUGGUAUCCUGCGAAGCACAGAGCUUUCUCUCGCUCUCUUCCUCACACACACACAUAUACAUCUCAGCCUUUGUUAUUUGGGCAUGUCUCUAUAGGUUUAUAAGUGGAAAGGCUGUGAGUUAUUUAUUCAUAUAAUUGCAACCAAAUUGCUGUAAUUUCCUCACCCAUGAUGCCACCACACUGGGAUUGGUUGUGAAAUGUUUGCCUCCUAGUUCCAAAAAUAACACCCCAGCCUUUGCUCAAAGCCAAUCUGUUGUAAGAUGAGACAGUGUUGGUCUCUGUUAUGAGUUCACAGUAAUUAAAUGCUAUUUAGGGGGCCUGCAGGUGAUUUUUCCCCCCUUUUUCUCCCAGUUAAAAUUUUUAUAAUUAUUUUUUUUCUGAAAUUAAUUUGGACUGUAUCCAGUCUUAUUUUUGCUUAUAUAUCAUUUAAAUUUGAGGUGAUCAGAUUACUGAAUAGUGUUUUUUUUAGUGUUAAGAAUAAACAUGAAUUAACAUGAAGUUGCAAUCACCACACAUUAAGUAUGCUUUUCCUGGCACCUGGGAGAUUCCUCAGAGCAGUGCGUCAAUAUUCAUCUCCCUGUUCCACUUCAGAGCAAACUCUUUAUAUAGGUAAUGCUGUUUCCAGACUAGCUACUAAUAAUGCCAAUUUGGAAGUGAAAUCUCCCUGUUAUGAAGAGAAUAUAUUUAUAGUUUGAAAAGCAGAACCAAAGGCUUGGACAAUUAAAAUAAAACAAUUCAAAAUA